AUGAGAUCUUCCCUGGGCAUUCUAUCCGCAGCUUCUGUGGCAGCCCUCGUGGCGGCCACUAGCUUAGACUCCAUCUGCACGGUGGACUACGUCCAGGCACGUUUGCCCGCAGAUGAUCUUAUUCCUGGCGUAUCAAUGAAUGCUGAGUCUGUUGUUGUCAACUCAGUUUACAACGCUUCUGUCAGCGGGUCCUACGACUACCCGGAUGCCUCUUUCGACUAUUGCAAUGUCACUUUCUCCUACACCCAUGCCGGGCUCAAUGACACUGUCAAUGUCUGGUACUGGUUACCCGCUCCGGACAGCUUCCAGUAUCGCUACCUAUCGACGGGCGGAAGCGGUUAUGCCAUCAAUACAUUGAGCACGGAACUCCCUUCGGGCAUCAUCUACGGUGCAGUCUCGGGAGCAACGGACGGUGGUUUUGGAGGGUUCACCAGCGCACUGGAUGAUAUCUUCCCUUUGGAGAAUGGAACAAGUAACUAUGAGGCAUUGUACAUGUUCGGUUACGAAGCGAUUCAUGAAUUGAGUAUCCUGGGCAAGGAGUUUGCUGGCCUCUUCUUCAAUGCGAGCAAUACCAAGAUCUACAGCUAUUAUCAGUCCUGCUCUGAGGGUGGUCGCGACGGAUGGAGUCAAGUCCAACGAUUUGGUGACCAGUUUGAUGGAGUGAUUACUGGUGCCCCUGCCAUCCGAUUUGCGUUCCAGCAGUUGGUGCAUCUCUUCUCCGCCUUGGUUGAGAAGACCCUUGACUACUACCCCCCUCCAUGUGAGCUCGAAUUGAUUGUGAAUGAAACUAUAUCCUACUGCGACCCUCUCGAUGGCCGGACAGACGGAGUUGUCGCCCGAUCGGACCUUUGUCGUCUGAAUUUCAACAUGUCCUCCAUCGUGGGCAAGCCAUACUACUGCGCCGCAAGCUCCGGGGGCGGCUCUGGUCCUGCUAAGCGUGGAAUGUCCACGAGUCCUGCGCAGAAUGGAACCGUCACAGAAGCCGGAGUGGAGGGUCGGCAAGUCUACCUGUCUUAUCAAAUGGGUGCCUCGUUCGAAGAUGCCACUACUGUCUAUGACUCAGAAACUGCCUCGUGGGAUUUGAGUAUCAGCCAGAUCGGUGCCGAAUUCGUCACACGCUUCCUGUGGCUGCAGGAUACGUCCGAUCUAUCCAGCUUGGACAACGUCACCUACGAUACAUUGAAGGGGUGGAUGUACGAAGGUUGGCAACGCUAUGAGGAUUCUUUGCACACGACCUGGCCUGACCUAACCUUAUUCCGCGAGAAUGGGGGCAAGAUCAUCCACUACCAUGGUGAGGCUGAUGACAGCGUUCCUCCCGCAUCAUCCGUUCACUACUACGAGUCCGUUCGCAGUGUGAUGUACCCAUAUAUGUCCUACAAUGAGAGCGUCGACAGCAUGCAUGACUGGUAUCGCUUGUAUCUCGUUCCUGGUGCGGCACACUGUUCUCCCAAUGACUUGCAACCUAAUGGUCCUUUCCCGACUACUAACCUCGCGAUCUUGGUUGACUGGGUGGAGAACGGGGUAGAGCCAGUGACUCUGAAUGCUACUGUUCUUUCUGGGGAUUACGAGGGCGAGGAGCAGAAACUCUGCAGUUGGCCUCUGCGACCCCUCUGGGUGAAUAAUGCCACAAAGAUGGAGUGUGUUUAUGACCAGGCCUCUAUCGAUACGUGGAAGUGGACUUUUGAUGCAUUCCCCAUUACUGUGUGGUAG